AUGAAAAAAAAGGGAAAGAGCAAUGAUGAUAAAAAAUUAAUUUUGUAUGAUAUUAUGUUGGAGAGUGAGUCUUUUUUUAUUCUUAAGGAAUUGGAAUCUUUAGCUCCAAAGAAAGGAAUCCGUUCAAUUUUUGUCAAAGAUUUGCUUCAACAAUUAGUUGAUGAUGAUAAGGUGAAAUCUGAAAAAGUGGGUUUGCAGAAUGUCUUUUGGGUAUUAAAAACUGAGGAAUCAUCUAUUUUACAAAAUAAGUACCACGAGCUCAUGGAACAAAAGACGGAGUAUGAAGAAAUUAUAAAAAAGGAAAAGGAAGAAUAUGAUAAAUUAAUUCGUUCUUUAAAAUAUUCAGAGGAGGAAUUACAAAAGCAAGUAGGGGACGUAAAGGUUUUAUUAAACGUGUUGGAGAAAAAAAAAAUGGAAUUGCAGGAUUUAAAAAAAACAGAUAUUAAACAAAUCGAAAAAAUGAAGAUUCAAAAUAAGUGUGCAGUUGAAUCAAUACUGAGAUGGAAUAAUAAUAUUUUCAUAGUAAAGCAGUGGAUUCAAGAUAGAACUGGAAAACCUGGUGAUAUUGUCGAUAGAUUAUUAGGAGUCAAAGAUAUAUUCCAUAACUGGAAUUAA